CCGCGCACAGCAAAAAUAUCUCUACCGCCUUCCCCACCGUUCAAUGGUAGUCGAUCAUCAUCGCCAUGCCAAUCCUUAGCUCUCUCUCCUUCGUUUCCUCCCCACUCUCUCCCAAACUCCACGACGCCUCCAUUCCGCUCUCCUUUCCUCGCUUCAAUCCCCAAACGAGGCUUGGAUCUCUGACUCUCCGUUUCCGAAACGGUGCUGUGGCCUCCACUGUUACCGGAAUCGAAGUCGGUGAGGACUUGCCUGCUGAUUAUGGCGAUUGGAUUCCCAAGGCCGAUCCUAGCUGCCGGAGAAGAGCCGGGAUUUUGCUUCACCCGACCUCCUUUCGCGGUCCCUACGGCAUCGGAGAUCUCGGCAGCGAGGCCUUUCGCUUCAUUGACUGGCUGCAUUUAGCUGGUUGCUCUGUUUGGCAGGUUCUUCCACUUGUUCCUCCAGAUGGAGAAGGAUCACCAUACUCAGGGCAGGAUGCAAAUUGUGGCAACACUCUUUUGAUUUCUCUUGAAGAGCUUGUUAAUGAUGGCUUAUUAGCAGAGCACGAGCUUCCACAACCAAUUGAUGCUGACAGCGUGAAUUACUCCAUUGUUGCUAGCAUAAAGGAUUCUUUGAUCACUAAGGCUGCAAAAAGGCUCCUCUCUAGUGAUGGUGAACUUAUAACUCAGCUUGAAGCUUUUCGUAGAGAUCCUAUCAUAUCAAGCUGGCUUGAAGAUUCAGCUUAUUUUGCUGCUAUUGAUGAUAGUUUACAAACAUACAGCUGGUAUGAAUGGCCUGAACCUUUGAAAAAUCGCCAUCUUGCUGCCUUGGAAGAGACAUACCAAAGCAAAAAGGAUUUUAUCGAUCUGUUCAUUGCUAAACAGUUCCUAUUUCAAAGGCAGUGGCAAAAAAUUCGUAACUAUGCACAGCUGAAGGGAAUCAGCAUAAUGGGAGACAUGCCCAUUUAUGUAGGCUAUCACAGUGCUGAUGUCUGGGCAAACAAGAAACAAUUUUUACUAAACAGACAUGGUUUCCCUCGCCUAGUUAGUGGUGUACCUCCUGAUGCCUUCAGUGAAACUGGUCAGCUGUGGGGAAGCCCUCUAUAUGAUUGGAAAGCUAUGGAGAAAGAUGGAUUUUCAUGGUGGCUUCGACGCGUUAGACAAGCACAGAAUCUAUAUGAUGAAUUUAGGAUAGACCAUUUUAGAGGAUUUGCUGGCUACUGGGCUGUUCCUUCUGAAGCAAAAGUUGCAAUGGUUGGAAGAUGGAAGGUGGGACCUCGAGAUUCCUUGUUUGAUGCCAUCUCUAGAACUAUUGGAAAGAUCAAUAUAAUAGCUGAAGAUCUGGGUGUUAUAACUGAGGAUGUAGUUCAGCUUCGGAAAUAUAUUGGAGCACCUGGAAUGGCUGUUCUCCAAUUUGGUUUUGGAAGUGAUGCUGAGAACCCUCAUUUGCCUCACAAUCAUGAGCCCAAUCAAGUUGUGUACACUGGAACUCAUGAUAAUGAUACGAUCCAAGGUUGGUGGAACAAUUUGGAGGCAUGGGAAAAGUCCAACGUACUGAAAUAUCUUUCAAUCACUGAAGAAGAUGACAUCUCAUGGGCACUUUUCCAAGCUGCACUCUCUUCUGUGGCUCAAACCACAAUCAUUACCAUGCAGGAUAUACUUGGGCUGGGGAGUUCUGCCAGGAUGAAUAUUCCUGCAACAGAGACUGGAAACUGGAGCUGGAGGAUACCUAGUUCCAUGAGUUUCAACCACUUGGAAACAGAAGCAUUGCGAUUAAGGGAUAUGCUUUCCUUGUUUGGGCGCCUUUAGUUCAGAAAGCUAAGAUCUUCUUCCACUAUACUUGUUUGUAAGUUAUGCCAGCCUGCCUAUGAGUUGUCUAAUAAAGGUCUGUCUGAGCUUUGAAUAAGUUGUCAGAAAUUAGAGAUUUUAGAGUUUGAUUGGAAGGAAUAAAAGUGCUUUGAUCUCCGGAAAUUUCCUAUUCUGUUUCUGGAUAAAUGAUUAAAUAUUUGUUUCAAUUCUAAGUAUAUAUUCACAUCCUUCAAAAGGGAGACAGUUGAGAUCUCGAUACCAAUUAUUAGAGUUCCUUAUUUCCUCAUCAUUAUAAAGUUCAAUCCCCUAU